CAGCGAUGGAGACUACUAGGGUUCGAGAGAGAGAUGCGGCAACCAAGGCAGAUAGUGGCUUCCAGGGGCAGCAAGGGUAUCGACGGCGGAUUCCGGGUUUCAGUAAUCAGUUAUUGGGGCAGGUGUGGUAAGGUGGUGGAUGUUUUUGUUCCGAAGAAAAGGGAUAAGUGGGGGAAAAGAUUUGGUUUUGUUCGCAUGAUGGGAGUGCAGAAUGAGUACCAAAUGGUGAGAAAGUUGAAUGAGAUCUGGUUCGGGAUGUAUAGACUGAGAGUGAAGAUGGUUGAUUCUCCACGGAAGAAGACCUCAGGUCCGGGGAAGGAUUUAGCGUCAGGUACGGUACAAGGCGGAAUAGCAGAGGAGAAGAAAACCAUCGUGUCAAAUGAGGAUGGGGUUGAAAUGAAGAUGGGGAAAAUUGAUGAGACAAAGGAGGUUGGAUACGGUGAAAAAGAAAAGAGUCUGGACAGGAGGGAGAGACAUAUAGGGGAACAAUUUCAAGAGAUUAUCAUUGAUUUUUCUCCAACGGAUCAGGAGAUUCAGUGGUUGGAAGGGAGUAUGGUCGCUGUUAUGAAAUCCUUAAUGUCAUUGACAAGUAUCCAAGAGAGGAUGGAUGUGGAUGGAGGGCUGAUCACGUUAACACCACUCGGAGGAAGAGCUGUGUUGCUUAUUGAACGUGUAAAUGGUUACCUUUGUGACUAUAUGGAGCAAAAUAAAGAAUUGAUUGAGACAUGGUUUGACGAUGUUUCACCAUGGGCAGAGGCAACGGCACACAGGAGCCGACUGGUGUGGGUGAGGAUAUCAGGGAUUCCAUUGAAGGCUUGGAGUGAAAGAUGUUUCACCAUGAUAGGGCGAACAGUGGGUGAGGUGGUGAGGGUACAUGAAGAUACCAAAGCUAAAGCUGUGUUAUGUGAAGGAAGGGUGUUAAUCCUUAUUCCGGAAACUCAAAAAAUAUCAAAAGCUUUAAAAUUGAAGGUUGAUGGGCAGUUGUAUGAGGUGCAGAUUGUGGAGGAGGAAUGGAGAUCAGACUUAGAUUGGUGGCUAUCGGAAAGGGACAGGCGGAGUCCGGCGGCGGCAUCAUCGGAAUAUCCCUCUCAGAGUAGUGAUUGUGGAGAUCAUGAUUUUAUGAAUACCGAGAUUUGCGGCGAGGAUGAAGUUGAAACUGAUAUGGAGCUGGUACAGGAGGAGGCACUCUUAAAUUCAAAAGGGGAUCCGGUGGAGGGAGACUCACGGGAUAAGUCCGGUUUUCAAACAGAAAUUGGGCUGGAAAAUAGCAAUGGGCUGGGUAUUGAUAAUGGGCCGAAUGGGGUGGGUGAAUAUUAUGAUAGUAAUGAGGCACAUGACCCAAAUCUAGAAGCUUCAUUAGGUGAGGUGGGGCAAAAGGUUGCAGAAUUUUCGGGUAAAAAAUACAAACAGAUAGCAGAAUGUUAUCCUGCAGAAAUAAUUGAGAUAUGCAAGGAGAAAACGGAGUGGGUGACUGGUCGAUCAAGGCAGAGACGGUUAAAGCGGGAGAAAACCCAACAGAGGGCAUCGGGUUCAAGACAAAGGGAGCGGCAAGAAGUUAGCAGUGAAUCCAUUUUAGAAGGCUGCAUCAUCAAUAGGAAUCGGGCGAUUCAACGGGAGCUAAAUCUACAAGAGGUAAGGAAGAUGAUAUGCAAUGGAAGAAAGCUGGGUAUGCAAUUUGAGGGCACUGAGGAAGAGAUGGAGCUGCGGCUGUUGGAGUUGGAAGAGCGGGAUGAGACUAAACUUGAGAGUGUAGAGGUGGGUUUGUGUAAAAUGUUGUGGUAUGAUGAUGAUUUUGGUUGGAGCAUGAAAAGCUCGGUAGGAGCUUCAGGAGGUCUUCUAUGUGUGUGGAAUAAGUCAAAAUUUGUCAAGUUGGGGGAAUUUAUGGGGGGUAGGUUUUUGGGGUUACAAGGGGUUUGGGGUGUAAAGAAGGAGACUUGUGUGUUUGUGAAUGUAUAUGGCCCAAAUGACAGAAAGAAAAAAGGUGAGUUAUGGGAUGAGCUUCGACAGAGGAUUAUGGAUGAGGGUGGUCGUUGGAUGCUUGCAGGGGAUUUCAACACUGUUCGAUGUAUUGAAGAAAGAAGAGGAAGGACAGGGGAGAGCGCAGAUAUGAAGGAUUUCGAUGGGUUCAUAGAGACAACAGGUCUAGUGGAUGUUAAGUUGGCAAAUCGACAGUUUACUUGGUAUAAACCAGAUGGUAAGGCUAUGAGCAAACUGGACAGGAUAUUGAUGACUGUGGAAAUGUGCAGUAUGGGUGGUGAGUGGGUGCAGCAAGGUUUAAAAAGAACAGUAUCUGAUCACUGUGCAAUAGUGUUGAAAACAAGGGAAACAGAAUGGGGACCUAAACCGUUUUGCGUAUUGGAUGUAUGGCAGCACCAUCCGGACUUCAGAAAGGUAGUAGAAGAGAAGUGGAACGAGAAUGUGGUGAAUGGUUUUGCAGGAUAUAAAUUAGCAAGGCUUGAUUUGAAGAACGAAGAGGGUGCUUUAGACGAGGAGGAAUUGGAGGAAAGACAGCAAGGUUUCCAUGAACUAUGGGAAAUUAUGCGAAAAAGGGAAGUUAUUUGGAAGCAGAAAUCAAGAAGUAAUUGGGCAAAAUUGGGGGAUGCUAAUACUCGAUUCUUCCACAAAGUUGCAAAUGUUAGAAAGGCACAUAAUAGUAUUACUGGGCUUUCGUGUGAUGGCAAAUGGGUUGAGGAACCAGAAAUUGUCAAGAAAGAGGUUGUUAUGUAUUUUCAAAGAUUAUUUGCUGAGGAAUCAUGGUGUCGCCCAAAGCCGGUUGGUGUUGGUUUCAAUCGAAUUUCUAAAGAGAAGAGAAUCUGGUUAGAAAGACCAUUUUCUAUGGAAGAGAUUGAGGAGGGAUUGAAGAGCUGUGAGGGAUCAAAAGCACCGGGGCCAGAUGGAUAUAAUUUCAGUUUCCUCAAAUUUGCAUGGAAUUGUAUGAAAGAGGAUUUUCUGAGAUUUUUUGAGGAAUUUCACCAGAAUGGCAGGCUUCGGGAUGUAAUGUCGGAGAUUAUUAAUGAUACACAAUCUGCUUUUAUUGAAGGCCGUCAUCUGGUGGAUAGUGUUCUGGUUUUAAAUGAGGUGGUGGAGGAGGUGAAGCGCCGCAAACAGCAGGCUUUUAUUUUUAAGGCUGAUUUUGAAAAGGCCCCCACGGCGGAGUUUAUGAUGGGAAAAGGAUUAAGACAAGGAGAUCCAUUGUCUCCAUUUCUUUUUCUGAUGGUUGCAGAGGCUUUAAAUGGCUUAGUUAGAAGGGCCGAGAUGGAGGGCUUAUUCCAGGAUAGUGAGAAUAUUUUCAUGGUCAAAACCAUUUUAAGAUGGUUUGAGCUAAUGUCUGGGUUGAGGAUCAAUUUCAGUAAAAGUAGUUUGGGUAUGCCUGUUGGGGGAAAGAAUGGGAGUAGUAAAAUGUGGGAUCCGGUCAUACAUAAAUUCCGAGUUAGGCUCGCUGCCUGGAAGUCUGCUGCAUUGUCUGUUGGUGGUCGCAUCACUUUACUUAACUCGGUAAUCUUUGCUCUCCCUAUUUUUUACAUGUCUUUAUUCUUAAUGCCAAAUUGGGUGGUUGCUAAGUUGAUUAGUCUUCAGAGGUCCUUUUUGUGGGGUGGGGUGGAAUUAAAGAGGAAGAUUCCAUGGGUUAAGUGGGAUUAUGUGUGCACUAGUAAGAGGAAGGGAGGUCUUGGUGUGGCAGAUCUGCGUCGUAAAAAUUGGGCACUUUUAGGGAAGUGGUGGUAUAGACUAGGUGAUGGAGUAGUGGGAUUGUGGAAACAAGUGGUGUGGGAGAAGUAUUAUGGGGGGAGGGAAGAAGUAGAUAUUACAACAGUAGAUACGGUUCAGGUGUCUAGGAUUUGGAGGGACGUUAUUAGUAUUGGUUUGCAUUCUAGUAGUUUAAAGAAGACGUUGGUGAAUGGCUUUAAAUGGGAGGUGGGGGAUGGUAGUUGGGUACGUUUCUGGAGAGAGGUUUGGAUAGGGGAGAAGCCUUUGAGAGAAUUGUGUACUCGAUUAUUUGAGUUGGCGGUAAAAAAGGACGGUUUAGUUAAUGAGAUGGGGGUUUGGGAGGAAGGUGGUUGGAGAUGGAAUAUAGCUUGGAGGAGGGGGCAAUUGGGUAGAGAGCAAGAUGAGGAGCUAGGGUUCUGGGAGACUAUAAAUAGAGCCCAAAUAAAGGCAGGUACUGACGACUGUUGGCACUGGGUGCAUGGUAUAGAUGGGAAGUAUGUGGUCAAAAAUGCUUAUGAAUUACUAGCAUCAACGGAUUUCAUUCUGAGUGAUCACUUUUGUAAGUUAAUUUGGUGCAAAUUAGUACCGGAUAAAGUUAGUUUCUUUGGAUGGCGAUUAUGCCUUGAUCGUCUUCCAACAAAGUGGAACUUGCAAAAGAGAGGAGUGGUUCUGGAGGGGGGUUUGGGGUGUGGAUUGUGUAAUGAGGGGAUAGAAGAUGGUAAUCAUGUUUUUUGCACAUGUCCGGAAGUGUGGCUGAUAUGGGUAAGGGUGCUGGCUUGGUGGGGAAUGGCGUCUGUGUUGCCAAAUGUAGUGGGGGGAGUAGCAGAAUUUUUCUUGUUUGGACUGGGUAGGGUGAUAGGAAAGGAAUUGGCAUCUUGCAUUUUCCUUGUUACUUCCUGGUAUGUAUGGUAUUGGAGAAAUUGUAGAGUGUUUAAAGGAAAUAUGGUUCGAAGGGAUGAUUUGGUGGAGAUGAUUCAGGCCAAGACUUUCUUCUGGAUUAAAAAUUACUUACAGGGAUGUGUCUUCUCGCUGGUUGAUUGGAAGAUCAAUCCGGUGGAGGCUGCGGCAGCUAUAAGAAAGAACAAUACCAUGCUGAUGGAAUACCGUAGGAAUACAAAUAGUAGGAAGGAUUAGGGGCAGCUCACGUGUUUUGUGUUUUUUCUUUGGAAUUGGUUGCUGGAUGAGUACUUUAUGGUUUUAAAUUCCUGUUGUGUGUAAUUUUUGUUUUGUAGAAGGGUUGGAGUACCCCUUGUAUUCCAUAUAAAUUUAAUACAUUUAAUUUGCUGAU